AUGCCCGCAGACACCGUUGGAAAGACUAUCACGUGCAAGGCGGCCGUAGCAUGGGAAGCCGGCAAGGACCUCGUCAUCGAAGACAUCGAGGUUGCGCCGCCAAAGGCCCACGAGGUCCGCAUCCAGAUCUACUACACCGGCGUGUGCCAUACAGAUGCGUACACAUUGUCCGGCAAGGACCCCGAGGGAGCUUUCCCAAUCGUGCUUGGCCAUGAGGGAGCCGGAAUAGUAGAGAGCGUGGGCGAGGGUGUCACAUCCGUGAAGCCUGGAGACAACGUCGUGGCGCUAUACACACCCGAAUGCGGCGAAUGCAAGUUCUGCGUCUCGGGCAAGACCAACCUGUGCGGCAAGAUCCGCGCUACCCAGGGCAAAGGCGUCAUGCCCGACGGGACCUCGCGCUUCAAGUGCAAGGGCAAAGACCUGCUCCACUUCAUGGGCACCUCGACCUUCUCGCAGUACACCGUCGUCGCCGACAUCUCCGUCGUCGCCAUCACGGACAAGGCGCCCAUGGACCGCACCUGCCUGCUCGGCUGCGGCAUCACGACGGGCUACGGCGCCGCCGUCAUCACAGCGGGCAAGGGUGGCAUCGAGAAGGGCGCCAACGUCGCCGUCUUCGGCGCCGGCUGCGUCGGGCUCAGUGUCAUCCAGGGCGCCGUCAAGCAGCAGGCCGGCAAGAUCAUCGUCGUCGACGUCAACGACAGCAAGGAGGCAUGGAGCAAGAAGUUCGGCGCCACCGACUUUGUCAACCCCACCAAGCUGAGCGGCCAGAGCAUCCAGGAGAAGCUGAUCGAGAUGACGGACGGCGGGUGCGAUUACACGUUCGAUUGCACGGGCAAUGUGCAUGUGAUGCGGAGUGCGCUCGAGGCGUGCCAUAAGGGGUGGGGCGAGAGCAUCAUUAUCGGGGUUGCGGCAGCGGGACAGGAGAUUAGCACGAGGCCCUUCCAACUCGUCACUGGCCGCGUCUGGAAAGGCUGCGCUUUCGGCGGCGUCAAGGGCCGCACGCAACUCCCCGGCCUCGUCGCGGAUUACAUGGACGGCAAGCUCAAGGUUGAUGAGUUCAUCACCCAUCGCCAGCCCCUAGAGAAGAUCAACCAAGCCUUUGGCGACAUGAAGGCUGGCGACUGCAUCAGGUGCGUGGUCAACAUGAGGGAAUGA